AUGGCCAGCAACCUGUUCCCCGCCGUGACUGAAGCUCCGACGCCCAGCCCGGCUUUGGAGGGGAGAGCAGACACCACGGCGAAUCCCACCAAACCGCCCGCCCUUUGCGGCUUUAUCGACUACACGUCCUCGUACACGUGCAAGACGGGAGCGUGCAAGUUCAACACCGACUACUACGCCGUCGGCUGCUGCGAUGGUGACAACUGCGACUGGGAUACCUGGACGUCGACGUGCGGCGGCACGAGGCCAGGAAAGCUGGUUGGCACGUGCUCCGACCCGACGGCCCCCUUUGGCGGCACGGCGCGCUUCGAGAACGGUUGGAAAGUGCCACCACAGCAGCUGGGCGGGGAUUGA